AUGAUCUACUCCUCCGGAAGAGAAUCCUACUUCAACCUGAACUCCACUUGGUACGACCCCGCUGGGUCCUGGCUCGACACCCGGCGCACGCCGUUCCGCUACGGCUACAACAACUGCUGCUCCUCGCGGUGCGACGGCGAGGGUGUGGAGGGCAUGAGAGGACACAACUACCGGCACUACGGCUACCGGCAGCCGGUCUGUUCCGAGCGAUGCCAGGGUUACACCACGGCUGAGUCGUGCCACGGAGGCGGCGGGUCCAGCUGUGCCAGGAGGCCCACCUACAGCUAUGGGUCAACGGGGGGCUGCCAGGGUUAUGGGCGAUCGGUGUGCUCCGAGAGGUGCCAGGGGUCCUCGGGUUCGUGCCACGGUGGUGGUGGAUCCAGCUGUGUCAGGAGGCCCACCUACAGCUAUGGGUCAACUGGAGGAUGCCAAGGCUACGGGAGGUCGGUGUGCUCCGAGCGGUGCCAGGGGUCCUCGGGUUCAUGCCAUGGAGGUGGUGGCUCAAGCUGCGUCAGGAGACCCACCUACAGCUAUGGGUCAACGGGGGGAUGCCAAGGCUACGGGAGGUCGGUGUGCUCUGAGCGGUGCCAGGGAGGGUCCUCAGGAGGGGGAUGCCACAGCUCAGUGCAGCAGCCGCAAUUUAGUGAGCCAGUGCAGAGCAUCCCGCAGUGCUGCCCCAUGCCAGCCCCAGUGCAGCAAGUGCCCGUGGCCAAGUGCGUCCCCCACCAGCAGCAGCAGCAGGUCUGCAAGGUGCCAGCCCGAAAGAUAAAGUAG